AUGGCUUCUCCGCAGAAGAUCCGCACUACCCUUACUGAUCUACUCAAGAUCAACCACCCCGUCUUCCUGGCGGGUAUGAACGUGGCCGCCGGUCCCAAAUUGGCUGCUGCGGUCACCAACGCCGGUGGUCUGGGAGUUAUCGGAGGUGUUGGAUACACCCCCGACAUGCUCCGUGAGCAGAUUGCAGAGCUCAAGAGCUUUUUGAAUGACAAGAACGCUCCCUUUGGAGUUGACUUGCUGCUCCCCCAGGUCGGUGGAAGCGCCCGCAAGACCAACUACGACUACACCAAGGGCAAGCUCAAUGAACUCGUGGAUAUCAUCAUCGAAAGCGGUGCAAAGCUCUUCGUCUCUGCCGUCGGUAUCCCCCCCAAAGCUGUCGUGGACAAACUCCAUGCUGCAGGCAUCCUGUACAUGAACAUGAUCGGUCACCCCAAGCACGUCCAGAAGUCCCUCGAUGCCGGUGCGGAUAUCAUUUGCGCUCAGGGUGGUGAAGGAGGUGGUCACACUGGCGAUGUUCCCACCACGAUUCUCAUUCCUACCGUGGCCAAGCUCUGCCAGGGCAAGAAGAGUCCCCUGACUGGUCUGCCCGUGCAGGUGGUUGCUGCCGGUGGCUUGUACAAUGGCAACUCGGUGGCUGCUGCCUUGAUGCUUGGUGCUUCGGCCGUGUGGAUUGGUACUCGUUUCAUCCUGGCUGAUGAGGCUGGUGCUCCCAAGGCUCACCAGGAGGCUGUCCGUACCGCUGGCUUUGAUGACACAAUCCGCACUAUUAUCUUCACGGGCCGCCCACUCCGUGUCCGUAACAACGAAUACAUCAAGAACUGGGAGGAGAACCGCCAAGAUGAGAUCAAGAAGCUCACCUCCCAGGGAAUUAUUCCGGCUGAGCACGACAUGGAGAACCUCCCUGAUGAUGUUGACGACGAGACCCUUGAAAACGCUCGCCCCUUCCUGAUGGGCAAGGUUGCUGCUGUUGUAAACGAAAAGAAGCCUGCCAAGGCUAUUGUUGAUGAGCUCGUGGACGAUGCUGCUGCACUGUUGCAGAAGGGCAACAAGAUGUUGGCGAAGUUGUAA